GGGGCGGGGCUAUGGAGAGGAGGAGGAAGAUGGCGGGAGGGCGGCUCUGAGGAGACCUCGGCGGCGGCGGAGGAGGAGAGAAGCGCAGCGCCGCGCCGCGCCGGGGCCCAUGUGGGGAGGAGUCGGAGUCGCUGUUGCCGCCGCCGCCAGUAACUGCUGGACCCGAGUGGGAGUGAGGGGGAGACGGCAGGAUGAAGUUCGCCGAGCACCUCUCCGCGCACAUCACUCCUGAGUGGAGGAAGCAAUACAUCCAGUAUGAGGCUUUUAAGGAUAUGCUAUACUCAGCUCAGGACCAGGCACCUUCUGUGGAAGUUACAGAUGAGGACACAGUAAAGAGGUAUUUUGCCAAGUUUGAAGAAAAAUUCUUCCAAACCUGUGAAAAAGAACUUGCCAAAAUCAACACAUUUUAUUCAGAAAAGCUUGCAGAGGCUCAGCGCAGGUUUGCUACACUUCAGAAUGAGCUUCAGUCAUCACUGGAUGCACAGAAAGAAAGCACUGGUGUUACUACACUGCGACAACGCAGAAAGCCAGUCUUCCACCUGUCCCAUGAGGAACGUGUCCAACAUAGGAAUAUUAAAGACCUUAAAUUGGCCUUCAGCGAGUUCUACCUCAGUCUUAUCCUGCUGCAGAACUAUCAGAAUCUGAAUUUUACAGGGUUCCGAAAAAUCCUUAAAAAGCAUGACAAGAUCCUGGAAACAUCUCGUGGAGCAGAUUGGCGAGUGGCUCAUGUAGAAGUAGCCCCAUUUUAUACGUGCAAAAAAAUCAACCAGCUCAUCUCUGAAACUGAGGCUGUAGUGACCAAUGAACUUGAAGAUGGUGACAGACAAAAAGCUAUGAAGCGUUUACGUGUUCCCCCUUUGGGAGCUGCUCAGCCUGCGCCAGCAUGGACUACUUUUAGAGUCGGCCUUUUUUGUGGAAUAUUCAUUGUACUGAAUAUUACCCUUGUGCUUGCCGCUGUAUUUAAACUUGAAACAGAUAGAAGUAUAUGGCCCUUGAUAAGAAUCUAUCGGGGUGGCUUUCUUCUGAUUGAAUUCCUUUUUCUACUGGGCAUCAACACAUAUGGUUGGAGACAGGCUGGAGUAAAUCAUGUGCUCAUCUUUGAACUUAAUCCGAGAAGCAAUUUGUCUCAUCAGCAUCUCUUUGAGAUUGCUGGAUUCCUUGGGAUAUUGUGGUGCCUGAGCCUUCUGGCAUGCUUCUUUGCUCCAAUUAGCAUCAUCCCCACAUAUGUAUACCCACUUGUCCUUUAUGGAUUUAUGGUUUUCUUUCUCAUCAACCCCACCAAAACUUUCUAUUACAAAUCCCGGUUUUGGCUGCUUAAACUGCUGUUUCGAGUAUUUACAGCCCCCUUCCAUAAGGUAGGCUUUGCUGAUUUCUGGCUGGCCGAUCAGCUGAACAGCCUGUCAGUGAUACUUAUGGACCUGGAAUAUAUGAUCUGCUUCUACAGUUUUGAGCUCAAAUGGGAUGAAAGUGGUGGCCUCUUGCCAAAUGAUUCAGAAGAACCAGAAAUUUGCCACAAAUAUUCAUAUGGUGUGCGGGCUGUUGUUCAGUGCAUUCCUGCUUGGCUUCGCUUUAUCCAGUGCCUGCGCAGAUACCGAGACACAAAGAGAGCCUUUCCUCAUUUAGUUAAUGCUGGGAAAUACUCCACGACUUUCUUCAUGGUGACGUUUGCAGCCCUUUACAGCACGCACAAAGAACGAGGUCACUCAGACACCGUGGUGUUCUUUUACCUGUGGAUUGUCUUUUGUAUCAUCAGUUCCUGUUAUACUCUCAUCUGGGAUCUGAAGAUGGACUGGGGUCUUUUUGAUAAGAAUGCAGGAGAAAACACCUUCCUCCGAGAAGAAAUUGUAUACCCCCAGAAAGCCUAUUAUUACUGUGCCAUCAUAGAGGAUGUGAUACUGCGCUUUGCUUGGACUAUCCAAAUCUCAAUUACCACCACAACUUCGUUGCCUCAUUCUGGGGACAUCAUUGCUACUGUCUUUGCUCCCCUUGAAGUUUUCCGGCGAUUUGUGUGGAACUUCUUCCGCCUGGAGAAUGAACAUCUGAAUAACUGUGGUGAAUUCCGUGCUGUGCGGGACAUCUCUGUGGCCCCUCUGAAUGCCGAUGAUCAGACACUCCUAGAGCAGAUGAUGGACCAGGAUGAUGGGGUACGAAACCGCCAGAAGAAUCGGCCAUGGAAGUACAGCCAGAGUAUAUCCCUGCGCCGUCCUCGCCUUGCUUCUCAAUCCAAGGCUCGUGACACUAAGGUAUUGAUAGAAGACACAGAUGAUGAAGCUAACACUUGAAUCUCUGAAGUCUAGGUUAACAUCCUUGGUUUUCCUACUCUACAAUUCUUUCUCGACCAAUGCAACCUCUAGUACCUUUCCAGCCGAAAACAGGAGAAGACAUAUAACACAUUUUCCGAGCUCUUCCAGAUCGGAUCCUAUGGACUCCAAACAAGCUCACUGUGUUUCUUUUCAUUUCUUCUGGUUUAAUUUUCAUUUUCUACUUUUAAAACAAAUAUUUACUUCAUUUUGCCAAUCAGAGGACAUUUUAAGGAACAAAAACAUUGUAUCUUAUGGAUUGUUUACAAUCACAAGGACACAGAUACCUAUCAGGAUGAAGAACAGGCAUUGCAAGGACCCUCUGAUGGGACGGUACCGAGAUACCUCGGCUUCCGCUUGGCCCGGUUUUGACUGGUUGAAACCGGACAUUGGUUUUUAAAUUUUUUGUCAGUUUAUGUGGAGAAUUUUUUCCUUUCUUUCAUACCCAGCGCAAAAGCACUGGCGCACUUGCAGGGAAAGUGCAACUUAGAGCAGUACCUUCAUUCACGAAGCUACUUUUUAAUUUGAUGUAACUUUUCUUAUUUUGGGGAGGGUUGCUGGGUGGGUGGGAAAUAUGAUGUAAUUGUUACAUACUGUUUUCUCAUUAUUUAUGAAACUUAACCAUAAGAGAACGAUAUAACUCCUGUACAAUGAAGGUGAUAACAGUGGAAAAAGACAGGGGAAACUAAUGUUGGACAGCAUUUAUGAGGGUUUAGUCCACAAUACCUCUUUCAUGAGACAACGUGCACCAGUUUGACUUUUUCCUUUCUUUUUAAUUUUAAGCCAAAGUUUAAUUACUAUUUUUUUAAGUUGCUGCUGCUUUAGAAUCCCGAGCAUGUCUCUCAUAACAAAGUAAUCACACACUUCCAUGCAACUGGUUGAAGUUUAUUUAAGAGAUCUGAUACCGUUUGGUUUUUUUUCUUUUUUUUUUUUUUUUUAAGAACAGAUGUGGAAUACAUUUGCCCAUAUUCAAACCAUGACAACUGAAGUUAUACAUUAUUAAGCUUCAGCAUGUAGGAUGAUUGAAGUACAGCCUUUAUCAACUCUGAAUUAGAAGGCAGUUAUUUCAGACAGUUAUUUAUUAUAUCCUCGUUGGAUAGUUUUUCUUCCAGGCUUACUUACUUUAGCCAGAAUUUGAUCAAAUUAAAAGUCUGUCUUGGGAAGACUUGCUCUUGAGAGCAUAGAACAAAUCUUUCACAUUACAGUGAUAGAACAGACCUUGGCGGCCAUUUCUCCCAGCAGUUUUAAAGAAUAAGCAUUGGAUUUCAUACCCUCCUAUGACAGUAAAACAGCUUUUAAAAACUUGUGGGCCUAAACUUGAUUAUACACAAAAAAAGUAUAUUUCUUAGAAAAUUCAGACUAUCAUGGUCUGUACGCAGUGCUCAUUUUCACUUGUCUUAACUUUUUUCCUAUACCCUACAUCAUCCAGAUAAGCCCCCAAACCAUAAGGAAUUUUACUUUCUUGAAGGUGAUUGGCAUUAAAUUAAGCAUCAUCACUUACUUAGUAUUAAAAACAUACGGUUACUGCCUCUGAAUAUACCCUUUUGUCAUCAGCUCUUCUCCCAUGCAUCACAAAUGUUUACUCAUCCCUGUCAUAAUUCCAGUAGAUUAAUUAAAGUUGUUACUACCAAAAUUCUACCAAUUAACUGACAAAUUGUUUCUUUUUAAAAGAGAUUUUUUCAUCUUUAUUCUGACAAGCCUCCAAAAUUUGUUCCCUUCCUGAAUGGAUAUAUUUUUUUCUAAAAAAUCAUUCAACUUUGUGACCUUUAUUCCUUUUUUUUGUUUGUUUUGCCAAGUAUGUUCCUUGGCCCAGAACUGAAGAAGUUUAGUUAUUUGGGGGGGGGGGGUUGUUUGUUUUGUUUUGUUUUAGUUUAAAUAAAUCAUUUAUAAUAAUCAGUGGUAACAAUUUAGGGGCCCUUAAUAGAUUAAAGGUUGCAUUAUUUAUACUUGGGAUUUUUUUUUCUAACUCUUCUCAUUUUUGUACUUUAAAACUAUGGGGGAAAUAUCACUGGUCUGUCAAGAAAUAGCAGUAAUUAUUACUAAGUUAUGUAGAUAAGUCCAGUGGACCAGUCAUUUCUUGUACAAAUAAAAAUUGGUGGUACUAAUGUGUAUCCAGAGCCAUUUGAAUUGUCAGCUUCAUUCUCUAUUAGUAAACCUAUAUAAUGACACACACAAAAUCUUACAAUUGACUUCUGGUAUUUGAAUUCCCCAGUGUUUUUACUUCAGCGUAUCCUAUGACCUAUUUAGUCUUUCUUCAACUGUUAGGAUUCUUGGCCCCAAUCAGUAUUAUUUUUUCAUAGAUGAUACAGUGUUAGAAUGUAUUCCUUUUCCUAUGUUUGUCUAUUAGCAUAGUCUGUUCAAGAGUGAUAGGCUCUUAUGUAACUUUCAGCUUACUAUGACAGAUAGUCAAAUCUGUGUUUAAACACAGCAAUUUCAUGUUCCUCCUAAAGCUGUAAAGAGAAAAGAGGGCUUUUUCUCAAGAGGAAACAGUUUGGAGACAGAAUAUAUUAAGUUUUUUCCUCCAAAAAAGACCAUGUGCUUUUUUCUGUCCUACCUUUGAUAUGCCCCAGCCAUUGUGAAUGCUCUAAAAUUUUAUUAGGGCCUCCUGUACACUGAAACUCUCAGUAGUACUCUUAGGAAAUGAAUAUCAGAGUAAUUUUAAAGGAGCAGCAAUUUAACCAAAGGUAAAACUUCAUUUUAGGUUUAGAAAUACUAGCUUUAUUUUGAGAAUCACUCAUUUUAUGAAAUCAGUUAAAAUACUCCCCAAAUAAAGGAAAAACAAGUAUAAUUAAAAAUAAAAUUCCUUUUUCAUUUUAUGGUAGGUAGUGUGGAGUACAUUGAUGUAUGUAGAGAAAGUAAAAGACAAAAGUGGUUUAUUUUCUGUGGACAAAUAUGUACCUAUUAUCAAGGCUGACUGUGCCAUUAAAAUGGAAUAAUUGAGAAUUUCAUACCAUGCAGACAAUAAAAUGAUAAGCAUUAAGUCAUCGUUAAUUAGGUUAUGAUGGUUAUUUUUAAAAUUGGAAAGAAGUUGAAAACCUAUGUGCAACUUUCUUUUCCAGCAUCAGCCAUUUUUCUGAAGGCUGCUUAACUUCAGAUUCAGAAGCAAUGAUGUGAGAGGAGAGUGCAAGUCACCUUAGCAGUAACCCGUAGGGAACCUUAAAGCAGGAAAAUGGGACCCAGUCCUUGGGAUUUAUGGCAUCCCAGUAUUCUCAACAUGAGAGUUCUAAGAUUUUAACCAAGAUUUUACCAGAAGUAACUUGUUGGCAUAUGGCAUCCUUCCACCGUGGUUUGGCCAAAGCACACUCGUGAUAACUGGAGAAAGCAGUUCAUCCCUUCUUAACAGGUGAACGAAGGCAAGUUAAGAAUAGAAAAGAGUAGCCUGUUAAUGAGAGGUACAGGCAUCAGAUUAGCAGAAAUUUAGUUGAAGAAAAAUGAAUUUUUUAUGAAGAUAGCAGAGAAGAGCAAGAGGAUGUUGGCCUUGGCAGCAGAGCAGAGCAGUUAGGAAAGUAUGUGAGCUUGAUGGCAUGGAGGCGACGACGCCUUGCUGCCUCUCCGUGGUUAUGCUGCUGAGAGAGACCUGCCUUUGUUUUCCUACCCUCUUUCUCCACUACUUUGCAUUAUUCAGGAAAUAGUUCUUUUUACCCAAAUGCAAUUUUCUAAGCAAUGACUAGAAAAAUUCUUAGUCUAAGGAAAAUAGUUUAGAAAAUAACUCUACUCAUGGCAUUAUUUUAUUCAGAAACUUGGGAUUCUCUGAUUGCACUUUAUUUGGUGAACAAACUUUAGAUGAUUUAAUAGUUUGCAUGAAAUUUGUCUGGCUCUUUUUUAAAAAAUAAGUACUUCUUGCUAUACAAUGUAUUGAAAUUUUAAAAAAUUAAGGUAGCUUCUCCAACUGAAAAAAUUAUAUUGAAUCUGUGGCUUUCUCAGCUACAAAAUCACCAUAUUUUUAUCAACUCUUAAUUUUGAAAAGCCAAUAACAGAUAAGAUCUAUGUCACUAGGUGAAGACAAUAAAAGUUCUAAAAGUUCUAAUAGAACUUCAGGAGAAGUUAGGUAAAGAAGAGUAAGUCAGCUUAAUUCAUUUUCUUUUUAUGAUGCAUCUAAAUUUUAUUUCUUGCUUUUGAUGAUCAGCUGAAGAGAGGGAAGUUAAAGAGAUUUUAUCAGUUCCUUAAACAUUCAUUUCUACACUGUAUUUUCAGUCUAUACAGUGUCAGCAUAGUGGUAAUGUGGGAUAGAGUUGAUAACAUUAGAACAUAAGUUUGUGCUGGUCAGUGCUACAGACCAAUAAUUUAACCAGCAUUAAGCCACAGUCUAUUCAUCAAAUAUGAAAAAGUAAAAGCAUUUCAUUAGAUUUGGAAGAGCUUAAUUUAAGCAUUAUAAGAAGUUUGCCUAGGAAUGUAGAGGAGCCUGCCAGUGGGUAUGGCUCAUAAUGCCUUUUUGGUAUGAAUUGGCAAGACUCCAAUAUUGAGUUGCCCCUUAAAAGCAACUUUCCAGAAUAUAUUUGCUUAUUAUUACGGAAGGGAAAGUCAGAGGAACAAGAUGAGAGUUUCUCCCGAAAUGAAUCAUUACACUGAUCUUCUACAACAUGCUUCCUUGUAGCAGACCUUUGGUUUAUUUUAUUAUUAAAUCAAAGCCACCUUCAUUUCAGGUUUUGUUUUUUUUUUUUUUUUUUUUAUGGUGCCAUCAACCUAAGGAGGACAAUCAAAUAACCAAUUGUUUGCCUUGGAUUCGGUGUGUCUGCUAAUUACACAGUCUCAUCUUGUAUACCUUCAAACCAGUUACUUGACUCAACUUCCACCAUAUUACCUUAGUACUUCCUGUGCCCUUUCCUCUGUGCCACCGCAAAUCAGAGGAAAGACUAUCAGAAAGAUGUGGACUUCUAAGAAAGAGCAAGGAUUCCAUCUCACUGUUCCUUUACCAUUAUCUCUGAAGUCCCUACCCACACUUCCCCAGUUGUUCUAUAGCAACACCAGCAUGGGGGGAAUAGGGAGAGGUUGUGGGGAAUCCUGAAAGAGCAACUGGUCGUGACAUUGUUAUUCUUUGGAACUGUAAAGUAAAAUUGUGAGCCACUCACAUUUGCAAAAAGAGCAGAACUCUUAAGCUUUAUCACAUUGUAAAGAUUAAUUUCUUGCAAUUUUACAGAUUAGCACAGAAGCUUGUAUCAAUGGAGAGUAUUUAGGAGGGCAAUAGGGUGUGAAAUGUACCUGUCUUUUGGAACCCUCUCCCUCUGCUCAUGUUUCCCUCGCCCCUACAACCACAUUGUGUUGGUCAAAUGAUACUACACUAUGAAACCCUGAGUUGUCGAAAGUAACUAUGGAAUGUGAUUAGUCCUCUGUGGAUGUUUCCCUCUUUUUUCUCCCUUGCGUUCUUUCUUAAUUUCUCCACUCUGCUAAAUGGAAAAGGUGACGUCAAAGAAUUGAUGCUUGCUUGGACUCACGUUGUAUCUGUGACUAUGCUAUUAGCUGUCUCCUUUUUCCUUCUUAUAUGGGUAGAAUUCUUAUGAAGUGUGGAGUUCCCUUCUUGAUAAGUAGGUUAAAUGCACAAUGUGGUACUGUUUUAUAGUUUCUAGAUGGUUGUAUAAAGCAAAAAGUUAAUGUGGUUCUGUGUUUUUAAAAGAAAAUAAGUGAUUGGUUACAAAACUCUGUCCUUUUUUCAUUAUUACAAGCUCUCUGUUUUCCAACAA